GGGAAAGGCCUGGCCUCCCCUCUGGGCAGGCGUCCGCCCCUGCGGGCCAAAAUCAAAUCGGAGACCAGCCCGCGCAAGAUCCUGUGAGGAGCUGGAGUCCAGCCUGCCGGGCAGCGGUGGCGCGAGCACCUGUGUCCACUUCCCAGCCACCUGCCCUACGCGCUCGGCCGCCCCCUGUCGAGGCAUGGCCACCCCACCUAAGAAGAGCUGCCCCUCUCCCGAGACCAGCUCGGAGGGAACCCGCAUCAAGACAAUUUCCAUCGAAGGGAACAUCACUGCAGGGAAGUCAACAUUUGUGAAUAUCCUUAAACAAGUCUUCCAGGAUUGUGAAGUGGUUCCUGAACUUAUUGCCAGAUGGUGCAAUGUUAAAAGUACUCAAGAUGAAUUUCAGGAACUGACCACAUCUCAGAAUAGUGAUGGGAAUGUUCUUCAGAUGAUGUAUGAGAAACCUGAGCGAUGGUCUUUUACCUUCCAGGAAAAUGCCUGCCUCAGUCGCAUACGAGCUCAGCUUGACUCUCUCAACGGCAAGAUCAAAGAUGCGGAGAAACCUGUAUUAUUUUUUGAACGAUCUGUGUAUAGUGACAGGUAUAUUUUUGCAUCUAAUUUGUAUGAAUCUGAAUGUAUGAAUGAAACAGAGUGGACAAUUUAUCAGGACUGGCAUGACUGGAUGAAUAACCAAUUUGGCCAAAGCCUUGAACUGGAUGGAAUCAUUUAUCUUCGAGCUAGUCCAGAGGUGAGACUUAAUAAACAUUUGCUUGUUCCUUUGAAAAUUUAAAGUAAUAUUUAGAAAAUUUUCAGUGUUAUGCAGUGAAGGCAGAAUAAUAAACUUCACUCUCAACCCUCUAGAUUCCUACCUCCAAAUUAAAAACUGAGAACUGUGUAGAUAGAAGCAUUCUAUUUUCUCAGCAAACUAGAAACCCAGAUUUGGCAGGUUGCUCUUUUAGGUUCUUGUUUGUUCUAUCUCAGUUCUGUUCUUCAUUAUUUCUUAACUUUUGCAGAGUAUCUUAUCACAACUAGAUUAAGAAACUUGCUUAAGCAACUUCUAGAAUAUGGGCUUCAUGAGGUGAGACUUUGGAUAUUUUAAUUACUGUUGAAUUUUCACUGUCUAGAAUAAGCCUUGGAUACACAGUAAAUAUUUGCUGAAUGAAUGGCAAAAUUGAUAAGAGGAAAUCUUUCGUGGUUUUGGUUUGGAAUGGGUGGGUAGUAGCAGCUAUAGUUGAGAAGAGACUUAGUGGACCCUUGCCAUUUUUAGUUAAGGGAGUUUACUUGAAAUUGUGCCUUUCAUCAUAGGUUGUAACAUAGCUAUUGUUUACAUAUGAAAUUAUGUAAUGAAUGCAGGAAGACCAAGUGGGAUGCCUUUCAUAAAACUAACCUAAACGAGAGCUUACAUUUAUUAAAUUUCUGGUUUUGGUGCUUGCAUUCCCAUUUUUCUUAGAUUUUUAUUUCUACUUAUUCCUUGAGUCACAAAGUAGGUUCUGAUGCAUGUAAAUGUUACGACUCCUAGCCUGAAAGAAUACUGUGUUAUAUUGAAGCUCAGUUUUCAAAGGAACUAUGUUUUUGAUUCUAAGUGAUGAUUUUGU